AUGACUGUUCUUGACAUCAACAAAGCUCGCGCUUGCUUUCCGUCCCUGAAAUCAGGGCACAUCUAUGCCGACAACGCAGGGGGGUCACGGACUGCUCAACCAGCAAUCGAUCGGAUCGUGGAUUAUCUAUCCAACACCAAUGCUCCGCUGAAAGCUGGCUGUGCGGCUAUUAACUCUCAGUAUGUUGUUGAGGGCUCCAUUGCUGCUGUAGAGUUGUUCAAUGCUACAUCUCUCGAUGAGGUUGGGUUUGGUUCGAGUUCGACGAUGCUAUUCGAGAAUAUCGCUAGAGCACUCGAAAAUGAUAUCCAACCUGGAGAUGAAUUCAUCAUCAGCUAUGAACAUGAAGCCAACAAUGGUCCUUGGAAGCGUCUGGCUGAGCGGCGCAAUGCCGUGCUCAAAUACUGGCGUCCCAUACCAGUAUCUGCAGAAAAUCCUUACUCGGUCGCAUAUAAGGUUGAAGAACUUUUGCCCCUGGUCUCAUCACGCACCAGGCUGGCCGCGAUCACCGCGUGCUCCAAUAUUUUAGGAUCUGUGCAUCCUGUAGAAGAGAUAGUGAAAGCUCUUCGCCAGCGUGCAAAAGAACAGGGAGCAAUAAAGAUCGAAGUGGUUUUGGACUGCGUUGCAUACGCACCGCAUAGAAGAAUGGACGUACAAAAGUGGGAUGUCGAUUACUGCGUAAUUUCGUCAUACAAGGUGUUCGGGCCUCACAAUGCUGUUGCUUACGUGCGGUCAGCAGCUCUGCAGACAUCUUUAACAUCCAUUGCCCAUGAUUUCCUAAAGGUAGAUGACAAGCCCCGAAAGUUUCAACCAGACGGUCCAGGUCACGAGCUUGUGUAUGGUGCAUCGGCAAUCGUGCCAUAUCUCAAGUCGUUGACCCCAGCAGAUGAUCUCACAGCAUCUUUCGACGCGAUCGCAAAACAUGAGCAGGAGAUUUUGACGCCCUUGCUCCGCUUCCUGACGGACGCAAAACAAGUUGACAGGGGCGUUCGCAUCUUCGGAAAAAGCGAGGUCGAUUUUUCAAGGAUUUCCACUGUCUGCUUUGUUGUCGUCGGACAGAACGCGAUCAAGAGUAAGGAUAUCGUGGAAGCAUUCUACAAAAAGGGAGGGAUCACGAUUCAACGCGGCUACUUCGGUUCCUACCAUCUUAUUGAUAAUUUACGCCCAAAGCUGGACGUUGAUGACGGGGUCGUCCGCAUCUCAUUUGUCCACUAUAACACUGCCGAGGAAGUGGAGAAGAUCUUGGACGUACUGCGGGAAGUUCUAGCUUAGCAAUAAGGUGAAGGUGAACAUGUAUAUAUGUGACAUCGGGAUGUAUUUUCUUAGCACUGCGUAGUCUUGAGGAUGGCCUGUUUUUCCCAGUGUUUUCUCGCAGCUAAGUAGGGAAGUGAAAUUUUACCACUC